GAGAUCAGAUAUCAAAGUAUUUGCACACUUGAUUGAAAAUUAUCACGGGGCGUACGCUCGAUUCGAUGGGUAAGGGCUUGCUAAUGUCGCUAAUUUUCGGGUGUUUUGUUCCAACCAGAGUACUACGGAUCCGAUCAGUCAUUUUAUGAACAUUCGUUCGUGUGGAUCUGUACAAUCAAUAUCUGAUUCCGCAUAGCUAGUAGCAAGGUGAAAAGCUAUAAGACAUUCGGUAACGCGUAGUUUGGUGAAACAUUCUUAGAUCCUGGCGAUUCCUGUGCUCUGUGAGUUUUUGCUGGAACAAGGACCAAAAGAAUAGAAAGAAGUUAACGGAGACUAUGUUGUUACAUAAUCAGAUGAAACAGUUUUAAUAAAAUUGACUAGUCAAAUACGGUGGAAUUGUGUGUUAUAAUUGGGUUGCAGUUUCAAUUGUUCCAUACCUGUGUUUAUGUUGUGAAGUUUAGCUUGUGUAAUGUGGACAUUGUAAAAGCAUUGGGACAGCUUCGGGAACUUAGCAGCAGGUAUCAUUUCCACAAUCAGAAGCACAGGAUUGCUGGUAAAAGGUUCCAAAACUUCACUCAUCAACUAUGUCGAAAGGAAAAUUGCCCGAACAGAAGAGCUUGCUGCCGGGGUCACCACCUAGCAUCAUCAUCACCAAGCAAAGUGAUACGGCCAGUUCAGAUGACAACGACAUAGAAGAAGUACCGGAAGGCUUAGGCUAUACGCCUACAUUGAUGUAUGGUCGUUACACCAAAGACCUAGGACAAUACGCCCGACGAUUGAGUGUCAUUGAGCAGAAGAGAAGAGAGAACGACCAAGCAAGAUAUCAGGAGCUGCUAGCACAAGAAGACAAGCACAGUAAAUGUUUCAAAGCCUAUUCAUGGUUCUGGCGGAGGACGUUCGCCCGACUCGGUGAGGAUUGGGUGAUUUUGGCAUUGCUGGGCUUCAUAAUGGCCAUGUUGUCGCACGUGCUGGACAAGGGCAUUGCUGCGUGUACAAAUUCUCGAACAUGGAUGUAUCAGGAGUUCGAGGGUCAACCAGCGAUGCAGUACUUUGUGUGGGUGUCCAUGUCAGUUUGUCUGGUCAUGUUCUCCGCUGGAUUCGUGCAUCUGGUGGCACCACAGGCUAUUGGAUCCGGUAUUCCGGAGAUGAAAACCAUUAUCCGAGGAGUUGCGUUGAAGGAUUACCUAACGUUCAGGACGUUGGUUGCCAAGUUAGUUGGUCUGAUGGCGUCCUUGGGAUCCGGAAUGCCCAUCGGCAAGGAAGGGCCGUUCGUUCACAUAUCUAGUAUAGUGUCGCAGUUACUGAGUAAAAUUGCGUCGUUCAAAUCAAUCUACGAAAAUGAAUCGCACAACUCGGACAUGCUAGUGGCGGCCUGUGGCGUCGGUGUGGCUGCAUGCUUCGCAGCACCGGUUGGUGGAGUCCUGUAUAGUAUCGAGGUCACUACGUCCUAUUUUGCUGUUAGGAACUAUUGGAGAGGAUUUUUCGGUUCCAUUUGCGGUGCUGCCUUAUUUCAGUUGUUAGCUUUAUGGUUCCAGAAGGUAAAUACGGUGUCAGCGCUGUUCCCAACGUACUUCACAGCUGACUUUCCAUUCGGACCACAAGAGUUGUUGGUGUUUGCGUUGAUGGGUGUUGUUGCUGGCUUUGGCGGAGCUUCAUUUGUCUGGUUACAUAGAAAGUAUGUACUAUUUGUUCGCAAUAACAAGCCGUUGAACAAAUUUCUCCAACUGAAUCGAUUCAUUUAUCCCUUCAUUGUGUCCUUCAUUGUGGCAUCACUUUUAUUCCCACUUGGAUUUGGACAAUUUAUUGCCGGUGGGCUAGAUACCCACCACCAGGUUCAUCAGUUAUUUUCGAACUUCACCUGGAGUCACAAUGCACACACCGUCGAGGAAGAACGGAUCGCGUCAAAUUGGCGAACGCCUUACACUGGUGCGGUAGGAAACCUUGCCCUAUAUUUGCUAUUCCAGUACUCCUUCUCAAUUAUUUGCACAACCUUGCCGGUCCCAUCCGGUAUGUUCAUUCCCAUGUUCAAAAUUGGUUCCGGAUACGGACGACUCGUUGGUGAAGCCAUGGCUUUGCUAUUUCCCCUCGGUGUAUCCUACUCUGGUCAGCGAAUGCCCAUCAUCCCAGGAGGAUAUGCCGUCGUGGGAGCAGCAGCGUUUGCCGGAGCCGUAUCACACUCGGUCUCAGUGGGCGUCAUGGUACUGGAAAUGACUGGCCAGAUUACGCAUUUCGUUCCCGUGAUGGUGGCUUCGUUGAUUUCCAACUGGGUUGCGGCUCUAUUCCAACCAUCUCUGUACGAAAGUUACAUAGAAAUGAAGAAACUGCCUUAUCUGCCAGACCUACAGCCCAGCGCUGGCAACAUGUAUGAAAUCUACGUCGAGGACUUUAUGGUUCGGGAUAUAAAAUACAUCUGGAAGGGAAUAAGUUAUCAUAACCUCAAGAACAUCCUGAAAUCCAAUAAACAAUUGAGAUGUCUACCGAUUGUGGAAAGUCCCGAUAACCCCAUCUUAUUGGGGAGCGUCCAACGACUGGAACUUAUUCAGUUGCUCGAUAAUCAUGUAGGGCGCAAGAAACGCCUGGAAGUUGCGGCCAAGUGGAUCGAAGAAGAACAGAAACGAGAAGAACAAGAACAACUGAAACGUGAAGAGGAAGAGAAGCAACGAAGUCGGCGUCCGUCGAGAUUUGAAGUUUGCCCGGCUCCAGAUAUUCUUGAGCUUCGCGAGCGUGCAAACAAUGAGAUGUUACCACCCCAAGCGAAAAAAGAAAUAUCGUCCUUACUUUCUCCUGAAUUCGAACCUAGUUCCAAAAAAUCCAUCCUCAAGAGGACAAACUCUUUCCCUAGUAAAGGGUUCAUUCCGCAGACCCACGCCGAAAGUUCAUAUGCAACCAUAACCGGAGCAACCGUUAACCGUAUCAGAUCUGCUUUCGACAUCAUCUUCCGCAAAUCGGGUACCCUGUCAGAUGUAAGCCCUGAUCCGGAAGUUGGCUCCAAUGGAACCAUCACAGCGCCCAAAAAAGUCCAACUGCCAAAAGCACGCAUCAUUGAUAUGUCCAUUGAAGAGCAGAAAAUUUGGGAACGGAAAGAAAUGGCUAAACCGAUCGAUAUCGACAAUUUACCCAUUGACCCGGCUCCGUUCCAGCUGGUGGAGCACACUUCUAUUUUGAAAGUACAUUCGCUGUUUGCGAUGGCAAGCAUCAAUCUGGCGUAUGUGACGAACAUCGGAAAACUGGUCGGCGUGGUGGCUCUCAAGGAGCUACGCCAUGCGGUCCAGGGUGUUAACAAUGGAACGCUCACACCAGAAUCCGUGAAACAGAAAUACGAGGAAGAGGCUAGAAAAAUGCCCGAAAAAGAUGCCAAAUACUACGAUGCGUCCUCCAAUGAACCGCUACUGCCGAAGGAAGAUCGAAACGAUAGCAGUGACAAAAAAGCAAGCGAUAUCAUUACAUCUUUGGAUUCGCCGUUUUGCUUCGUUGAUGACUGCUCGGACCAGCUCGGCCUGAACCACCUGGGGGUUGAUGACCGAACUAGCAAUAUAACCAUUCGCAGUAUCGACAACAUUACCUGUUGCAAUAACAACGAAAAUAGCAAUAACAAUAACAAUAGCCAUUUACAGCCACAGUAAUAGACUUAGAUAUCGACUAUUACGUUUUUAAUUUUACUUUUAUUUUGACUAUGUUAAGGAUUUGUCAAUUUUCUGGAAAGUACAAUGAUGUAAGCUAAACGAUCAAAUCACAAAAAAUUUAUAUGUGUCGAAUAUCUCCCAAGACGAGCCCUUCAUUGGUACUCAAAAAAACACAUGUGGACUCACUUUCAAUAGUUGCCAAAAGAAAAAAUAUUUGUACAUAGUAUUGAAAAUAGGUAGAUACAGUUGCCAAUAAGAUGUGUUUUAACAUGUAACUUUUAAUAUUAAAUAU